CUAUCAAGACAAAUCCAAGAGGCAUUUUUCUGGAAAAGGCGGUGCGCAGCAAAACACCUGAAAUCAUGGUGUAGUGAUCCUCUCCACCGAAUCCGCACGUUCAUCACCUUGCUCCACAACCCUGGGGUCGCUCCAAUUUUUCUCCGCACUGCUUUCUCAGACAUAAAUACAGCUUAUUCCUGCCCACUUCUUCGUUUUUUUGGCAUCCAAACUACUCAGCACUUUUCUACUGUGAUAGUCCCUUCUUCACGGGUUUGACCCAUAGAAUUUGCCUCACUCUCACGUCAUGUCUGCCCCUUCAAUUGUGCUGCCUACGGGCCCCAACAACCGUUAUGCUCGUCGCCUAUCAUCCAACGAAGCCACACAAGAGAAGAUGCGAAUAGGCCCUACCGUCGUCGUCCCUCCCAAGCAUUUGAUGGCCCCCAGUGAUGCUUCCGAAAUAGCGACUGCAAUGGAAUUGGCGAGACAGCGUGUUGAAGCACCUUCGUCUCCUGGUACCCCACCAACUCCUGUCGAGGUCACUACCACAGACAAAUACGCCUUUGCCUUUGAUAUAGACGGUGUUCUUAUCAGGGGUGGAAGGCCUAUUCCCGAAGCAAUCCAAGCCAUGAAGGCGCUGAAUGGAGACAAUGAGUAUGGCGUCAAAGUACCGUAUAUCUUCGUCACCAAUGGCGGCGGGAAGUCCGAAGCUGAACGUUGCGUUCAACUGAGUAAACAGCUAGAGAUGGAGGUGUCCCCCGGUCAAUUCAUCUGUGGACAUACCCCAAUGCGAGAAAUGGCCGAGAAGUACGACACAGUUCUCGUCGUCGGAGGGGAAGGAGAGAAAUGUCGCAUCGUCGCUGAAGGUUAUGGCUUCAAAGAUGUCGUCACACCUGGAGACAUUAUCAAAGACAACGCCGACACUACCCCGUUCAGGCGAUUGACACCGGAGGAACACCGGAACUCCCGCGCAAGAAACUUCGCCAAGGUCAAGAUCGAUGCUAUUUUCGUCUUUGCAGAUUCUCGCGACUGGGCUAGCGAUCAGCAAAUCAUCUUGGAUCUUCUAAUGUCAAAGGGCGGAUAUCUCGGAACCAGAUCAGAGACUUUUGAAGAAGGUCCACCUGUUUUCUUUAGCCACAAUGAUGUAGUCUGGUCAGCGAGUCAUGACUUGACACGCAUCGGUAUGGGUGCGUUGCGAGUAAGCUUGGAAGCCAUGUUCAAAGCUGUUACUGGGAAAGAGUUACAAACCACGGCAUUCGGAAAACCUCAAAUCGGCACCUUUGAAUUUGCUACCCGUCUACUUCAAGAAUGGAGGAAAGACACACACGGCAUCGACUCACCCCCGGACACCGUGUACUUUGUUGGCGACACACCUGAGAGUGAUAUCCGCGGCACGAACGAAUACAACAAGCACGCAGACAAUACUUGGUACUCCAUUCUCGUUCGCACUGGUGUGUUCCAAGAAGGUACUAAGCCUCGCUUCACGCCCAAGGCCACGGUGAACACGGUUCUUGACGCUGUGAAUCAUGGGAUCGAGCGCGAAUAUCGAAAGGCUCUGCGCGCCAGCAUGGAGCAGACAGGCGUCAUUGCAGACCAAUAGGUGGCGGGCCCUCCUCCCUUCCUCAUCUUUAUUCAGGUAGAAGAGGUUUCCCUUUCCUUUUCUUUUCUUUUUCUUCUUUGGUGGCUAUGUUUGCUUCACGUUAUAUUUGCUUUGUAAUUCUCUUCGAAAACACUGGCACUGUAUGCCAUUUAUGUUGCAGCCUUGUACUAGGAAGAGAGACGCUUUUAUGAUACCAAUACCCGCAAGGACAAGCAGCCUUUAUACUGGAGCUUCUCAUUAUCCUGCUCAAUCAAUAUAUCACGAUUAUUCCAUACAAUCAAUCAGAAACCAGCAACAUGCUGAGACUUGCAAAUCGUCAGCUAUAAGUUGUGGCGAUUUGCCUCUGCUAAAUCAAGACGUGCCUUGCGUCAUUCCCAGGGACACUGUUUGACAUUAACGCCACUAGGUGAAUUCAAUUCAUCGCGAUCGAUCCUUCAUCUCGUCGGGCCGACAUUGACUCUGGAAUUUUUCCAUGUUCCUCUCGCUAAACGGUAUCUGUUGCAUGUCUGGGAGCGCUCAAAGUCCAAUACGGUGUGGUUUCAUUGCACCCUGCCCACAUAAGCACAACGGCUUUUGUGCCCUUCCAUUUCUCUCCCGCACCACCUUCGAAGGUGAAACUCGGUCCCUCGCCUGUGUCUGUGACAGGUACGAUGGACCCUUAGUGCUUCGAAAGUCGCAUUUUGGGCGUUUCAAGCACGCUUGUCGCAAUCUUCUACGUCCCUUCGCCCGGGCCCGAUCAUGUCAUUUCCAUGGGCAAGUUGAUAGGAUGGCGAUUCC